GAACAGCAUUGAGACAGCUGGCCCUGGGCAAUUCGUCGACAGACAAGAUACUUUAUAUUUUGAUCCGGGCGGUUCCCGCGACGAGGUUCGCGAAUGAACCGCAACCAUGUUCCAGAGACUCAAGGGCGCAAUUGAUCGCACAAUCGCCGAGGAGCAAGCGAGGCAGCGCGCAGCUCUCGAGUCCCAGAAGCCGGCGCCAACAGCAUCCAGCGCCACCUCCGGACGGUCACGAUCAACAAGCGCUGCAGGAAACCAGUCUCCCGCCCGACGACCACGCCCGGCUAAGAAAGCCAGCGAAGACCACACACCCAGAGAUGCGAACGGCGACGGCGGCACCGCCAACCCCGAUCCGGCCGUCUUCGAGGCGGCCUUCGUCAUCGACGAUUCCGAGGAAACAGCUGCCCCGUCGAGGAUAGCGACGCCGUUAUCCACGAGCAAUGCCACAAAGACGGGUCAGUCAGGAGGCGACACGCCUCCGGCUGAUGCCGAUGCGUCCGUCAAUGGCCCUUCCGAUGCCAGGCCCGCCAGCGACCUUGCGCAGGCUGCCAAGGCAAGCGCAGAUCAGCCGGCCAACGCUGCGUCAACCGCCGCACCUGGCGCAUCCGAGUUGCCGCCAGAAGUGCGAGCACGGCUGCGAAAGCUUGAAAAGCUGGAGAAGACGUACCCAGAAUUGCUACGCUCUUACCGCAUCGCACAUGGCCGCGCGACGUCCAUCGAGCCAUUCGAGAAAGCCCUCAGGGAAAACACCCCGCUUACGUCUAUUAAGGACCCGGAAGCGUUGGUUGAGUACCUCAACCAAAUCAACCUGAAGGGCGACAUGCUGAUGGAGGAGCUCAAACGCGUUACGGCCGAGAAGGACGCGUACAAGGAAAGGGCGGAUGGGGCAGAGAAGGAGCUGGCAGCACUCAAGGAAGAACUCGCCUCUCUGAAAUCCGCACAAUCCAAAGACAGCCUGGGGGACAAGGAGCCUGUGAAGAACGCUGGAGAUGCUGAGAAGGUUCCCCAGCACCCCAAGGAAAAGCCGGCGGACGGCAGUGAUGGCGAGGAAUUCUUCUCUUACGACGACGAGAUUCCCCAGCUACAAGCUGAAGUCCAGAAAAAGACCGAAGAGAUCGAGAAGCUUCAGGCAGAAGUCACCCAUCUGAAAGACGAGCUGUCCGUCGCGAAAGAGCACAGCGCUGGUCUUAUCGAGAGCCUAGAGAACGCCACCAGGGAGCUCAGCGAGACUAGAGACGCCGUUGCCAUCAAGGCUUCUGUCGAAACGCAGCUGGCGGCUAGGAACGCAGAGAUCGCGACGCUCACCGAGCGCCUGGACAAAGCGCAAGCCAAGCUGAAAGAUGUCGAGGCACAGGCUGAAAAGGCGAGGAGCGACGCGGCGGAGGCCGUGAAGGAGAAAGCAUCCCAGCUCACUUCAAUCUCGUCCCGGAACAAGGAUCUGGAAUCCGAACUGGAGAAAGUUUUGCGGACAAAGUCUUCUCUCGACGAGAAGAUCAAAGGCCUGACGUCGGAAAUCGAGGAGUUGAAGAAAGCCAAGGCGGAGGACGAAGCAAGGAUUACGGAGCUUACCAAGCAGUCUCAACCAGCUGCGACCAAGCCUGCGCCCCUUGAGGGCCCAGUAUCAACCCAAGAAAGCUCCUUGGCACCCCCUACAGGUGCAGCUAGCGGCAAGAAGAAGAACAAGAAGAAGAAAAAGGGGGGCGCCUCAGCAGCCGCAGCAGCAGCCGCCUCGGAGCCAGCUCCAAGCGAAGCGUCGACCACCGAUCAGCCGCCACCCUCACCAAGGGAAGACUCCUCAGUUGACGAGCUACAGGCCGAGUUGGCUCGUCUCCAGGAAGAGCUGGCCGAGAAGGACCAUCGGAUUGAACGGCUGCUGGAGAAGCGCAAGACAGAAGAAGAUCUGCGUGAGGAGAUUGAGAACCUCCAAGAGAACCUCAUGACGAUCGGCCAGGAUCACGUCGAGGCCAAGGAGCGGAUCAAAGAACUCGAAGCAGAGAAGAAAGCGUUGCAGCAGCGCAUUUCGGAGCUCGAGCAGGAGGUUGCGUCUUCCGCCUCAGCAGCGAAGGGCGCUGCCGAACUCCAAAGCGAGCAUGAGUCCUUAAGGCAGGAAUUCGACAAUCUUAAGAUGAAGACAUCAACCCUGCAGUCCGACCUGGCCGCCGCGCAGCAGCUGGCCCAGACGCGGUACAAAGAUCUCACGGAACUCCGAGAGGUCCUCCAAAAGGCCCAGCCCGAGCUCAAGAGCCUAAGACAAGACUCGGCGGCCCUGAAGACCACGCGCGAGGAACUUAGCGCAAAGACCACCGAGCUGCGCAAUCUCGAGAAGCGCGAGAAGGAGCUCAAGGCCGAGCUCGCCCGCGCGCAGCGUCUGGCAUUUGAUCGCGAGGGCGAGAUCAAAUCGCUCCACGAGAAAGUGGGCCAAGAAACCAACGCACGCCUACGACUGGAGGAGGAGAAGCGCAUCGCAGGCCGCGACCUGCGCCGGUCCGAGGCGGAAAAGAUCGAGAUAUCCGCGAGAGAAGAGAAGGCCACGCGCGAGCUGCAGCGGGUCCAGGAGGAGGCGGCCAAGCUCCGGCCGCGCAUCCGCGAGCUCGAGGACGAGGCCGGCCGGCUCCGGAAGGAGCAGGAGGUCCUCCGCGAAGAGGUCGAGCUCAAGACCAGCCAGUACAGCAACGCGCAGAGCCUGCUGGGCAGCAUGCGCGACCAGACGGCGGAGCUGAGCAUCCAGCUCCGGGAGAGCCAGGCGCAGUGCGAGAGCCUGGACGAGGAGCUGGCGGAGGCGCGCAAGAUGCUCGGGGAGCGCACGCGCGAGGCCGAGACGAUGCGCCGCCUGCUCGCGGACGUGGACGAGCGCGCCGACGCAAGGGUGCGCGACAUGCGCGCCAAGAUGGAGGCCGCCGUCGAGGAGCGCGACCGGCUCGAGGACGAGUCCAGCGCGCUGGCCCGGCGCAAGGCCCGCGAGGCCGAGGAGCUGCGCCAGCGCAUCCGCGACCUCGAGCGCGAGGUCAAAGCGCUGGCCGGCGAGAAGGACGAGCUCGAGCACCGCGAGCGCGAGUGGCGCCGCCGGCGCGAGGAGCUCGAGGCGUGCGAGGAGCGCGCGGGAGCCGAGGUCGCCGAGAUGCGCUCCGCCGUGUCGAGCCUGCGCUCGACCCUGGACGCGUCCGAGCAGCAGGUGCGCGACGCGGAGAAGAAGAACGCCGAGCUGCGCAGGGCCCUGGACGACUACCGCCUGCGGUAUGACAAGUUGGCCAAGGAGGCCAAGACGUUGCAGGCGAGGCUGGCGUCGCCGGCCGUUGCGAGCUCGGGCAGGAGCUCGAUUGACUCGACGCGGUCUGGCACCGGCGCCCUGAACGGCUCCUCCGCGGCGCUGCCGGGCGGCAGCCAAGACGCCAUGUAUCUGAAGACCAUCCUCCUGCAGUUUCUGGAGCAGAAGGACAACAAGCUCCGGGCGCAGCUGGUGCCGGUGCUGGGGAAGCUGCUCAAGUUCGACAAGACGGAUGAACAGAAAUGGCUCGCCGCCAUCCAACACAUCAGCAACCGGUAGUUAACCUCGCAUGUUUCCACACACAACGGCGCGGUCUGUUCCGGGCAAGAGGGAGGGAGUAGGGAUCAGCAUAGCGAUGCGCGGAGUAUAUCGGAUUUGGGUCUGUAGGAUAUAAUAGAGAGCGGCGUUCGGCGCGCAAGAGCACUUUUCUGGGUCCGCCGGCGGCGGCGUUGGAACGACCAUAUUCCUUCCUGGUUUGGUGGCGCCGGGCGCAGCCCCAGCUCCAGCUCCCCGCGUCGCGUUCCCCCCUCCACGUGAAGCCUCGAACG